AUGCGCCGAAGAAGUGAAUUCAUGGUUGGUGAAAAAUUCCGUGUUCGAGUGGUUCUGAGUGAAGAUUUAAAAAAUCAUUCACAGUAUGAUUUAUUCAAGGGCUUUAAUUAUUGGUUGUUUCCUUACCUACGUCAUGAUGAUGGUAGUCCUAGAACAAGACGUAACCAACAUACUGGUGAACCGGAUUUGCCAAAAGAAGCCAACGAAGGAUUAAAAGCUGAUAG